AUGGCAAAGAAAAAGUCAGGAAAGCGGAAGCGCGCACAAGAAGAAGAUAUCGCAUUGGACUAUGAUGACAAUAAGUCAAAUCAACCCGGCGCCACGGCGAACACCACCUUCCUUCCUCUUACAGGCCAAUGCCACCAUUACAGAAAGGUAGGCGAGGUACCAUUUGAUAUUCAAAAAUAUUGGCAUCAGAGACAUAGUAUAUUCUCUGAGUAUGAUGCUGGUAUCCAGAUGACUGACGACGCGUGGUUUGGGGUAACACCUGAGCCAGUUGCGAACCAGAUCGCGACAGAUUUAUCAUUGCGCGCGCCUGACGAGAAAACAACAAUCAUCGACAUAUUCGCUGGGGCUGGCGGUAACGCUAUUGCCUUUGCCCUGUCUGAGAGGUGGACAAAUAUCAUAGCAAUAGAGAAAGAUGCGUCAACUCUAGCAUGCGCUCAGCACAAUGCAGCAAUAUAUGGGGUUUCCGAGUUCAUUACCUGGGUUAACGCAGACUGCUUCAGCUACCUGUCUGAAAACCGAUCGACAAUUGAUGCAUCAUCUACGGUCAUAUUCGCCUCGCCUCCCUGGGGCGGCGUUACUUAUUCAAACACAGAAAUAUUCGACCUUAGUACGAUGCACCCAUACUCCAUCCAAGAGAUCCACAAAGCUUGUACCGACAUGUAUUCGGUGCUGUAUCUACCCAGACAUAGCGACCUCAGGCAAGUCGCCAAAUUGGCACCAAAAGACAAGAAAAUCGAUAUCGUACAGUAUUGCAUGAAAGGAGCUAGCAAGGCACUUGUGGCUUAUGUUCCCGCUUCAAGUACAUGA